GGGUCGGAAUUCCCCUGUUGCGCUGGUGGCUCGCGCUGCGACCGGCUUCAUUCCGACCCGCCGCUCGGACCGGGUGGCACGUGCUCCCUGCGCUCUCCACACCUCCGCCAGCAUGAGGAUACUCGCUGUGGCAGUGCUGGUGGCGCUGGCAGCCGCCGCCGAGGAGGAACCCAAACGCGAGAAGCGUCAGAUUGUGUUCGGCGGCAGCGCGUUCAGCAGUCCGAGCCCGCACACCCGAGGUACCCCGUACGCCGUGUCGCACGGCAGCUUUAACCUGGGCGCCGCGCCCGGCUAUUCCGCCACCGCUAACCCGUAUGUCGACUACGCUUGGAACAGCUUCAGCAGCGCGCUGCGCGUGCCGUACGGGCCGGCGGCGUACGCGCGGCCCGUUGUCGGCUACCCGCAGCCGGAGAGCCCGCCAGCCGGCUACGAGUACGGUGUAAAGAUCGCCCACCAGCCGGUGGUGGCGUACGCGCCCGCCGAGGCUAGCUAUGGCACGCCAUACCGCGGCUCGCCGGCGGCGCAGUGCAGCAGCGGCGAGUGCUCGCCGCUGGUGUUCUGCUCGGGCAUUGUCUCCGGCACCAGCCCCAAGACGACGGCUGCCGUCUGCGACCUGGGCGACGGCUCGACGGGCCUCUGCUGCCGCCGCGACCCCGUCCAAGCGUCUCCGGCCAACCGCAUCCGAAACCCGUUCACCAAGCCGUUCAAGAACGUCAACAUCAGGUUCAUCAACACCAACGAGCUGAACGGCGCUUGUCGCAAGGGCAUCCAGUUCGUGGACCAGCAGCGGCGCAUGGGUGAGAUGCUGCUGCAGCAGGACAUCCGCGUGCGCUCCAACACGCCCGACGCCGGACACUUCAACUUCUUCAAGACGUCCAAACAGGCGCUCGACAUGGGAAACAAUGCCCUGUUCAACUCGGAGGCCGGCAACGGCCUGCUCAUGCAGUUCGGCCUGACCCCGGACCAAGGUGCGUUCGGCCUGCAGCAGUUCAGCGUGCUCAACACCAUCAUCAACCAGACCUGCGCCGCGCCGCCGCGCUGCAACCCCGGCUCGGUGUACCGCAGCGCCGACGGCAGCUGUAACAACCUCAACAACCCGGCCUGGGGCAUGUCGCGCACGGCGCUGCAGCGCAUCCUGGCGCCCGCCUACGAGAACGGCAUCUUCACACCGCGCGUGGCGGCCGACGGAGGCGCGCUGCCCUCGGCGCGCGACGUCUCCAACCUGGCGACCGGCAGCACCAACGACCCGUACCCCGACCUGGCCAUCUCGGUGAUGACCUGGGGCCAGUUUCUGGACCACGACCUCUCCAUCUCACCCAUCUUCCGGCUCGAGGGCAGCUCGGGUAUCGAGUGCUGCACGGAGGAGGGCAAGGACCUGCCCGUCAGCCUGCGCCACCCACAGUGCUUCCCCAUUCCGGUCUCCGAGUUCGACCCCUUCUACAGACAGUUCGGCCGCACCUGCCUCAACUUUGUCCGCUCGCUGCCGGCGCCGCGGCCCGACUGUAACUUUGGGUACGCCGAGCAGAUGAACGCGCUCACGCACUACAUGGACGCGUCCAUGAUCUACGGCUCUGACGAGGAGCAGUCGCGCGGGCUGCGCGCCUUCCGCGGCGGCCUGCUGCUCAACUCACGGCCCGGCGCGCUGCCCGUCGAGACCGGCGAACUGGAGGAGUGCUUCGCCAAGGAGAUCGGCGCCGAGUGCUACAAGGCCGGCGACGGCCGAGUCAACGAGAACCUGCCGCUGACGGUGAUGCACACGGUGUGGAUGCGCGAGCACAACCGUGUGGCGCGCGCCCUGGACGAGCAGGCGCGCCGCCUGUACGGCCAGCAGCUAUCCGACGAACAGCUCUACCAGGAGGCGCGCCGCAUCGUCACCGCCGAGUGGCAGCACAUCAACUACAACGAGUGGCUGCCCAUCGUGCUCGGCCGCCAGUUCAUGGACGUGUACGACCUGAAACCCAAGACGAGCGGCUACUCGUUCGACUACCGGCCCGACAUCAACCCGUCCAUCAACAACGAGUUCAGCACGGCCGCCUUCCGGUUCGGCCACACGCUCGUCCAGAACCACGUCCAGCUGUUCCGCGACGCGCGGUCCCAGAGCGGCGCUCUACAGCUGCGAGAUGUGCUCAACAACCCCAGUCUGCUGAACAGAGAGACGGGCAUCCUGGAGUCGGUGGUGCGCGGCUUCUACCUGCAGCGCGCUCAGCGCUUCGACGAAAACGUCAUCGACGACCUGAAGAACCACCUGUUCCAGCCGCCGGGCGGCCGCCAGGGCAUGGACCUGGUGGCGCUGAACGUGCAGCGCGGCCGCGACCACGGCAUCCCCUCCUACAACGAGAUGAGGGAGAAGUGCGGCCUGCGCCGGGCCACCCGCUUCGAGGAUCUCUACGGAGACCUGCCCAACGACGUGGUGGACCGGAUGCGCUCCAUCUACCGUUCGGUGGACGACAUUGACCUGUUCCCGGCCGGCAUCGCCGAGCGGCCCGUGCCCGGCGCGCUGCUCGGACACACCUUCCUCUGCAUCGUCGGAGACCAGUUCGCCCGGCUCAAGAAGGGAGACAGGUUCUUCUACGACCUGGGCGGGCAGCCGCACUCCUUCACAGAGGCGCAACUGUUUGAGAUUCGCAAGACCAGCUGGGCGCGUAUCAUGUGUGACAACGUGCCGGGUCUGGCGGAGGUGCAGCCUCUGGCCUUCUACACGCCCAACUUCUAUAACCAGCUGACGUCAUGCAGUAGUUACGCGAUCCCCAGCGUCGGGUUCGCGGCCUUCGCCAGCCCGCUGCAGUAGCCGGCCGACGGCCCGCCCAGCCCCCGUGGAGUGAGCCCUCAGAAGGCCCGGCCGGUCGGACGCACCGCCCCGCCCCGCCGGGAGCGACCGCCGCGGGCAGGGACCGGCGGCGGCGGCAGGAACAGCCCACUGCGCCACCGCCUGACGCUGCGAGCCGCUCCCGUCCGGCGUGUGACCGUGAUCAGUGACCGGGCGGGCGGCCCACAGCCGGGCUCGGGCACUGGCCGGUCGGCUGCUCCUGCCGACAGCGGCGGGCGGAGCGUCUCACGACAGCGCGCCGCGCCGCGCCCAUGGCCGACCGCGGACGGGGCCCAGAGACCGAUGGCCACUAGUAUUACCGCUGUAGUCGCGUCGUGUCCGCGGCGCCGAGACAGGGUUUGUAUACGAUUGACGAGUGGUGCCCAGCCCCCAGCGUGGGAGCAUUCAGAGAGUUACCCCAAAACAGAGUUACUCCAACUUUUAAGAACCUUUUUUGUAAGUUAUUGCUGCGGCUUGCGCCAUUGUCCGUGUCAUGUUGUUCGGGGAGGGGAGGGCUGACGGAGAUCAGUGAAAGAAAAUAUAGAACGUCUAUAUAGAACAGCUGCCUUAUCCACAUGUGAAUGAAUCGAGAAUGAUAUAGCAUUUCGAGAGGCCGGGCCUCAAAAUACCUGUUGACGUACGGUGAAUAUAUUUGACAAGUGACAA